AUGACUUUGCUUCUGAAUUGUGAGGGGCGGGUGCUUAUUGCCGACGGCCUCCACUUCAUUUCCGCCCUGAAGAAAGCCUAUGAGCGAUCCCAAGAGGAAAAAGCCCAGGGGGUCAGUGUCACUUACGAUCCCCGCUUGAUCUCGGCCUGGGAAGAAGGCAUCCAUGUAGAUAUGAUUGCCUUCACGGACGACCAUCCUGAUGUAAGAUUCACCUGGUUCAGCAGUGCGCACGAUGAAGAAACCGACAAGUGGAAGCCCACCAGCAUAGUGCACAAGAUCGCCGUGGUGGACAGAGCAGUGCAGCUGGGCUAUUUUGCAGAAUGGUUGCGACAGUGCCAGCGCAAGUGUUUUUAG